GUGUGGGCGCAGCGGAGGACUUUCCUAUAAAAGCAGGGAUCCCACGGCCAGACGAGCUCGUCUCUCAGCCACCGCAGACCUGAGCCGCAGUUCCCCGCCAACAGCUGUCUUUCCCCCCGCCACAGUUCGGAAAACCGUCUCCGCCUCACCCAAAGGAAAUCUUAGUCUAUGGUUCUGACUGACGCUUCGACAAGGAUGUCCCGGACCGACGAGGUGCACCGUAUAACGGAGAAUGUCUACAAGUCCAUCAUGGAGCAGUUCAACCCCUGCUUGCGGAACUUCAUAGCCAUGGGAAAAAGCUAUGAGAAGGCGCUCACCAGUGUCACAUAUGCUGCAAAGGGCUACUUCGACGCUCUGGUGCGGAUGGGCGAGAUGGCCAGCGAAAGUCAAGGCUCUAAGGAUCUUGGGGAGGUGCUCUUUCAGAUGGCUGAAGUGCACAGACAGAUCCAGAUCCAGCUUGAGGAGAUGCUGAAGUCUUUCCACAACGAGCUGCUCACAGAGCUGGAGAAGAAGGUCGAGCUGGAUGCUCGCUACCUGAACGCGGCGCUGAAGAAGUACCAGAUGGAGCACAAGAGCAAAGGGGAGAGUUUGGAGAAGUGCCAGGCAGAGCUGAAGAAACUGCGCAGGAAGAGCCAGGGCAGCAAGCACCCCUCCAAAUAUGGAGACAAGGAGAUGCAGUACGUGGAGGCCAUCAGCAACAAGCAGGGCGAGCUGGACAGCUACAUCGCUGAGGGCUACAAGAACGCUCUGUCUGAGGAGAGGAGGAGGUACUGCUUCCUGGUGGACCGUCAGUGUGCCGUAGCCAAGAACAGCAGCACCUACCACAACAAGGGUAAGGAGCUUUUAACCCAGAAAAUCCCAAUGUGGCAGCAGGCGUGUGCCGAGCCCAACAAACUGCCAGACCGUGCCAUGUUCCUUGCCCAGCAGAUGAGCGGUGCGGCGGGCAUCAUGGCUCCCGGCGCUCAUCAUCCAGGCAUGCCCAUCUCUGAGCCCAUCCCUGGUGCUAAACCCCUGCCGGUGCCUCCAGAACUGGCAGCUCUGAGGGCCAGUGGGGCCAUGGGACAGCAGAGGCUGAUGGGAGGUGUGGAAGGAGGGAUGGCGGUCAUGAACGGCACAGCCGGUGCUCACGGAGGGGACGACUACCAGCAGUGGAUGGAGGGCAAGGUGGCCCAGGGCAAGGUUUCACCGCAGACCCAGAGGCAUGGUGGAGAGGUCUACUCGAACACCCUGCCUGUGCGCAAGGUCGCUCCAGCCAAGAGCAAGACCACACUGACGGAGACCCGUACGCUGCCCCGGUCCAGCUCCAUGGCAGCCGGGCUGGAGAGAAACGGGAGGACUCGGGUCCAGGCCAUCUUCUCCCACGCAGCCGGGGACAACAGCACCCUGCUCAGCUUCUCUGAGAGCGAUGUGAUAACCCUGCUGGUCCCCGAGGCCCGGGAUGGCUGGCACUACGGAGAGAAUGAGAAGACCAGGAUGCGUGGCUGGUUUCCCUUCUCCUACACCCGCGUGAUCUCUGAUGCUGAUGGCGCCUCCAUGAAGCAGCUUCGAGUACACAACCUUCACGGGAAGAGCAGUAGCACGGGGAACCUUCUGGAGAGAGAAGACAUGGCUCUGUCUGUCCCUGAUUACGGCGUCCACUCCCGUAUGGCGGCGCAGAGUGCUGCUGCGCUGCAUGGCAGACAGCAACGCCCCUACAGCGUGGCGGUGCCAGGCUUCUCACAGCAGGGAGUUGAAGAGUACGAACCCCGCUUCCCCACAAGCAUCGAACCGCCCAACGAGCCGGCCGUGGAGGCCCCACCCAUCCCUCCCCUUUCUGAUGAAGAGGAUGAAAUCGAGGAGGAUGAGCUUGAUGAAGCUCACUAUGACUCCGUGGAGAAGGCCUCGCCUCCCCCGGGUGACUACUGAGCUCUCCCCCAGUUUAAACCAGCUGUAGGUGGAUCACUGGUGCACGAUAGCAGCCUCACCCCUCAGCUGUAAAGCUCUGAUUCAAACACAGUAUUACAUUAAUGCAACUAUAUGAUAAGAAUUAAAUAUGGCCAGCAAAUGAACAGUUAACACUUACAGUAAUCUCUGCAUUAGUAAUGAGGUAAUUUAAGGUAAAUAAAAGCUAGAAUUGAUUUAUAUUGGAUAUUCUAGCACAGAACGCACAUUGAAAACCAGACAAAUUUAAAAAUCAGGCUUUGCUCUUGAUUGUUUUUCACUGAGUUGCAUUUCUGUACAUGCAUGUGCUCACAUUUUGGGGUCACAGCGAAGGACUACAGUGGAGUUGUCUCACCCUUUUCACUUUCAAAACACGCAGGGAGGUGAUGUGGUAAGAAGUAAGAGUAGAUGUUUGCCUCAGAUAGAUUCUUGGUUCAUUUUCAAAGCCUGAAUUAUUGCCUCUUCCAUCAUAUCGUGACUCAAAGACUGACGACUGGCUCCUCAUGUAGACUCACAGGACCUGCAGCUGGUCUGAGAAGUCGCCUGACGACGUCUCUGUGCUUUUAAAAAUGCAGCCUCCUCCCCCUGCCUUGUCAACUAAAGGGCUUUGAUGUUGGUAAGCUACAUAUCUCGUCAGGUGUUUCACCUUUUAGCCUCACCUGUUAAUACUGCCUUCUCACAGGGCAAGCGUACCAACCUGUGCUGGUGCUGCGUCGAACACUGCUACACACAGCCAGAAAACAGAGAAGUUUGUCAUUUGUCUGAUCCGACACGGAUCAUUAAUGGUGGAUGUUUCAGCAGACGAUGCAUUGAAACACACCACAGACAAUAGACUAGCCAGAAAAAUCAGCAGUGUCUGUGUCAUGAAUUUGUGCUGAGUGAUAGCAUCAAACCUGAUAAGCACACUACUCGUAGUACUGUAUACUGACAGGAAAUCUAUUCUGUAAUAUUAGUUAGAAGCAGCACUGCAGGUGUACCUACAGUAACAAUGCACUGCACCAGUUCUCAGAUUUCAUUGAUCUGACGUUUGAUUAAUAUAAUGUACAAGCAGUUUGUAAGAUCUUCUUAAAGCAACAUUUUCAGCAGCUGUGAUUUGCAUUUUGUCUCCUGUCACAUUUGAAAUAACUGGAUGCUUUGAUGUAGAGAGACGAGCAAUCAGGAGGACACUGGUAUAGAUCAUUAUUAGAUAGACUGAGCUGCCUUUCCUUAAAACUGAUGGUUAAAGGACAGUCCCCGUCCAAACAUUUGUCUGAGGAUUAUCCAGAGUUACGAGAUGCCGCUGUUGAAUUUUUUAUCAAAUGUUGUCAAAUUCUGUGAGCAGCACAAACACACCUCUGACCCUGUCUCCACUCAAUAACUGAGGAAAAUCAUGUUUCGUAUGUGAAAACCUGGACACAUCAGGGUGCCUCAAUACAGUCAAUAUAAAGAAAUCAGACAUAGUGUUUUUUUAAGAUCAUUUGAGUGAACCUACUCUUUAAUUUUGCCUCCUGUUAAUCUGAUGCAGGUGAAGAUAUAGAAAUUGUUAAACUUACUGAUGAAUUUCAUUAUUCAUUUAGUGGAAGGAGCUGAGGUGAAAUCUCAUCCACAAGUAAUAAAAUUAAGGUUUGAGUGGUUUAAAGUAGAACUGCACUGAUUUAAAAGGUGAUUUGAACAUUUAAAAGCCAGAUUUGAAUGUUUGGAAUAUGUGUUUCGUACUGAACAUGUUAGGUGCUUCGCUAAGACAGUACGUAGUUUCAAUGAAAUGUGCCUUAGUUUAAAAUGUGAACAGGAAUUCUCUUCAUAAUAAUCAGUUUCCUCUCAUAUACAGUCAGUGCUCACGUUAGGUGCAGGAUAUCUUAAGAGCAACUGCACUCUGAGUCUUGUAUGUAGGAAAAGGAUUACUGUACUGACCUCUAAGGGUUGAAUGGUUUAAGUCUGUUAACUUCAAGUCAUCCAGCUGUGACACAGCAGAACUGUACAUUGUGAAGCACUAGAGGCACCACGGAGCAUGCAACGACCACUAGGUGGCAGUACAAGCUGAGUUUUCAGAGUGCAGUUACUUGUUAAAUACCAGAAAUUAGCAGCUUUGCUUUUCGAACUGAUAAAAUCCGUAUCAGUGUAACCAAGUGAUACAAGAAGACUAAUACAAUACAGAUAUGAUGACUGACAGUCAAACCUGUAUCAUUGUGAUUUCAUGGCAAACAGUGUCUGUUUUUCAAUUUAAUUUUGAGAAUAAAGAAUCAAGUAUUUACCCAGA